AAUGUUCACGCGGCUGUUUUGGAGGGGCGUCCGGAUAUUCAGUAGGGAGUCUGUCAGGCCUUUUUGGUGGAGGCCGGACCGGGGCGUGGCGGACCGGACCGCUGUAAGAGGGCUCAAGGGCCAGGAGGAGGAGCUGCGAUGACGGAGUCGAAAGCAAAACUGGUGGAAAUCUGCCUAUCUGCACUUGUUGGAUACUAAGAGCUGUUCGUUUGCUUUUCGCCGCGGUUAAGGCGGCUGCUCUUGAGAUAAGAGCUGUUGGUUUUUUUUCAUUAACACUACCAGAGUGAGCAUUCAUUCAAGUAUGGGACAAGACCUGUUCACCUACACUAUAAAUACAAAACCUUCAUCUAUCUGUGCUUAAAGAUGGCUGCUGUAAAGAAAGCCUCAAAAACAAAGUCUGGCAAGGUGCGCUUUUCAGAGGAGUCUGCUGCUGCCAGCCAUGUACAUUUUGAUGAAAAGCUCCAUGACUCUGUAGUCAUGGUAAUACCACAGACGGAUGGGAACUUUCUGGUGAAGGUUGGAUUUCUAAAAAUUCAGCAUAAGUAUGAAAUUGUUUUCAAAUUACCAGAAAUUAACAGUCUGGGAAAAGAUAUAUGUGCAGCACCACUGCCCAACACCAAUCUCAAAGUGAGCAAGAUCAGCCCUGUACCAGAAGGUGGUCUCAGACUGUUUUGUGAAUAUACUGCCCAUAAGGAGGGUGUUAUCAAGGAUGAGAUUGCUCUUAUCAGUGAAACCAGUGAAAAGGGGUCUGUGAAAGUGGUGAUCCAAGCACGUGUAAUGGAUCGCCAUCAUGGAACGCCAAUGCUCCUGGAUGGGGUUCGCUGUAUUGGUGCUGAGCCAGAGUACGACUCCGAACAGAGUGACUGGCAGGGAUUUGACUAGUUGCAGCUGUCCACAGUAUAGCCUUUAAGCUGGGGGGGGGGGGGGGGGUGGAUAUGGGGUAGUAAUUGGGAUUUUAAAUACCUGUGAAAACCCAGUUUUUAUUUUUUAAUUUCUUUUCGUUCUUCUUGUAACAUGAGUUUUUUGUUUGUUUAUUAAGGUUUUGUAUAUGAUGUCUUUAACUUGGAUGUAUUCAGAAAUGUCAGGUUGGUAAAUAAUUAGGCCUCUUUGUCUUAUCGCUGUAUUCUUUCUUACUUGGGUAACCUCUAACUGUUGAUGUUUGACAAAGGUGUCCUCCUUACCACGUGUGAAGCUGCUGGUCUGGAUUUUAAAGCUUGAAUGUAGUCUUGCAUGAGAAGGUACCUUGAAACUGUGUUCCAUUCUGCACACAUGCAGUGUUUUUUUUGCUAUCUAGGCUACACAUGUAUGCUGCCUGGACAGUGUCUUUGUUUUUUGACGUCUUUGUGCCAUGAGGGUAACCUUUCUCCCUCUCUCCCUUUGAGCCAUGUGUUUAGCAUACUUCAGUCAGUCUGUUUCAAAGUAGUAAUAUCAGAUGUUACCUAUGUUGUUAAAAUAAAACUGACUUGGUAGAUGAUUGUGUGAUACUGACCACAAGCCAUUGCUUUUUAAAAACAAUUUGAGGACAUAGUAAUAGAGUAAGAAGUGGGUUUCAUUUAAAUAGUUUGUCCUCUUGGACAAUGAACGAUGGCACAAAUUUGAGUCCUCUGCUUUGUCAACCUUGCCAAUCAGUGCUGUGGUAUAUUCUAACUUGCAAGUUUUAAAAACCUCUUCUCCAUAUAAUUCUGCAUUACUUGUGCACACGGUGAAGUAGAUUUGUGUGUGUAUGUGAAUGUAGGUUGGUAUGUUCAGCAUGGAAUUGGUUGGCAAUCUCAUUACUUUAAUAAUGUCCACUUGGUGCGCUUAUCUAGGAGAAAUUUGUAUGUACAAUGUAUCUGUUUGUGUCCAAGGGCAUGUGUAUACCUAACUUGAAACUGUCUUGGACAUAUUUAUUUCUGCCGUUUUGUUGCCUUUAUGUCCAACAGCAUACUACAUACUGUUUGGACUGAUUUAAGAAAAAAAUCAGGUCAGCUUUUGUGUGUAACUCCUACACAAACAUAUACGGAGUGUUUAAAUAGGGGUUAAUGCCUUAGAUGCAUACAGGUGUGUAUAUAAUUUUUGGUACUUUAAGACAUGGGUCGGCAACCAGAGGAAUAUGUGUUUUCAUAGUGUUUUUAGCGUUUGAUCACAUUGCACUGCUCUUUUCUUUGUUACAGGAAGGUAGCUGGCUCUGUCAAUUGAUCUAAAUGUGAAAAUAAUUUCAUCUUAAUUGGUCCUAUAUACUGCAUGGCUUCUAAUGGUUUUGUUCGCAGACAAUUAUGAACUCCUUUGAACUGAACAGUAGCCUCUAAGACUUGGUCCGUGGGUUUACUUGAGUAUCUCUGCCAAGAAAAAUUUCACAUUGCAGCCGUUCAGAUUUGAAUCAAGCCUGUAAUCUUGGGUUGCCUCAGCUUGAGGGAUAUGUGUAAAAUAUCUAUCUUGUGCUACUUCUGCAGGCCCAGAAGUCACUGAGGUUUAUUAUUUUGUUAAUUUGUAAAUGCCCAGACCAUGUGUUCCAAUUUGUUCAUUUAGUUUGAUCGGAUCAGGUCAUUAUAUAUUGUAAUAUUUCUAACAUUGGCUCGAUGUAGAGUUUGCACAGUUUGACACUGCUAAGACGUCCUUGUCAUUUUCUUUGCUUUUUUUAAAUUUUUGUCAUUGCAGGUACACUUGUUUUACCCAUAUAUCAAUAAUAAGUAUGAGGUGACUAGCAAUCAAUGUUUGUUUAUCCACAUGUAGCAAAACAAAAAAAAAAAAAGAAUUUAUCCAGAGGAUAACACAGUUAAAUUGACCAGCUUUUCCAAUCCAAGUGUAUAAAAUUUAUACAUGAUCAAAAAUAAGCAAAAAAUAAAGAAAGAAAAAGUAACAAGGUUUGUAUAUGUUCUGUGUGAAUUUAUGCAGUAGCUGAAAAAUGUAGAAUCCCUUAUAGUGCUAAAAGUGAGUAUUAUUGCAACAAAGUGUGUCUGAGGUCUUCUGUUUUGUGGACCGUAAUUUCUAAAUGGUGAUAGCAUGAAUUUGUCUUUAAAGAAACCAUUUAAACGGAAAACAGUGUAAAUACUGUAUUAAGGUAAAUUGUGAAAUCUACAAGUCUGCAAUAAAUAUCCUGUUUGACACAUCUCUUUAAACAGAGGCAUGCUUUUAUUUGUGGCAUCUGUACAUUAAAUGGGUGAAUCUAAAGCCCCAUAAAAUGGAAAAUGUGAGAAAAAAAUAAUGUACAUUUUUUAAAAGUAUAAUUUAUGCAUUCUAUGUAACAUGUCAGCAGCUCAAAACAUUUAAAAUUGACAUUAGGCCGAAGUCAUUAUUGAUAUUGUUGAAAGGAGAAGUGUGCUAGUUCUGGUAAUAUUGGCUUGUGUAUGUUGGUCACAUACUGGUUUGGGUUUAUUAGUGGCUACGAAUACAGGAAGGUGCUACUGUGUGGCGAAUGGUGCUGGACCUUAUGGAGUGGUUGGAUCAUGUCAUUUUAACUGACAAAAGGCACACCUUGCUCUGUAAUACCAAUAAUAUCUUCACAUUUUUAUUUUGCUUUCUAUGCAGAUUUGUUACAGAUGGUAACUGUAAAUUAAUGAUGUGUAGGUUCAAUUCAUACAUUGAAGUACUGCAAAUGAAGCUUGACAAUAAUGAUUUGCUAUUUGUGUUCCAUCUAUUGAUCAGCCCAACUUAGUGUGUCUCUAAUGAAAGUGCAGUGUAAAAAUGCAAAAACCCCUUUGUCAACCAAUUCCUUUUUAUUUAAUGGACACUAUUCUAUCAUGCAGAGCCUUGGAAAGAAAGAAGCCCUGGGUUAGUGCUUGAGUUUGUUUUGCGUGGUGAUUGAUUGUAUGUGCUGCACACACACACACACACACAUAUAAAUUAUAUAUAUAUAUAAUAUUAAAGUAUAUUUUAAUCAGAGCUGUGGGUCUGAAAGCAUAGAAUAUAGCACUACGUAUGUGUGCCAUAAUCAGGAUUAUGUGAUAGCAAUGCAAUUCACUUGUCCCAAGCUGUACACGCUUUUAAUCCAGUGUUUUGAUUCUUUGGUUUAGCUACUCAAGUUCUCCAUGUCUGUCAUGUAGCCUGACAGGGGAAGCUAAGCUAGAACUAUAGUCCGGGUGUCAAUUUGUCAGUGGGGACGACAACUUGCUUAAUUUAUUGCCCAGUACUUUUAUAGAUUUAUUGUUGAUAUUUGAAAGCAGUAUAUUUGAUUGUCAAAGCAAAGCCAGUCCAUAAACAAUGCUGGAUAUUUUAAUAUAACUGAUCAUUGUGUAACUGUGAAAUAAACCAAGCCACCAUGCAGGUUCACUAAAUUAAAUGCUGGACUUAAGAAGCAGAUGUUAGUAAAUAAUUCUGUGCUGCUUAAAGCACACUUUCAUUGGUUUAUUCAGGCAGUGGGUUACACUGCAGCCUUCACUUUAGUGCUGCCUGUUUUCCUUUUUGUUUUCACAACAGACUCUGCAAAUCCCGUGUCAGUGGCUUCCAUCGGGUAUUGGUGGUAGACAAAUCUGUGACAGAGUCAGGCAGCUUUUCUUGUCUUUCUUCUCAAUUCUGUAUCCUACUGUGAAAUUGGGAAUGGAAAUUGUACACAGGAGCCAACGCUGCAACACAAGAAGCAGGUUCAGCACUGUAGACCUGGUCUGUGCAACUCUUAACCGUCUCAACAGUUUGGUGGGUGAAAGACUUCUGGUGACCAAGAAAUAGCAUUUGCUGUCAGUGUGUAAGAACAUGCCAUGUAGUGUACACUUCCAUGCCAAGGGUUCCCUUUGCUGAAGUUUUGAAAAGGAAAAAUAAACAAAUGCAAAGCCAAAACUGUAAAACUAUUUUUGAUUAAUGUAUUAUUUGAAUUUUCAUAUUAUUUAGUUUUACCUUUGAAAUGCCUUGUACUCUUAAAUGCAACAGCUGAAUAAAGUGAUACUUCAUUUUCUCA